CUUGGCAAGGGAAAGCGCUCCUUAUGAUUACGGUUCUUGUCAAUGUCGAGGCAUGAUGUUGCUCCUGGUGCGAAUGCUCAAAAAAUGAGUGAUGUGAACCAAAACUUGUCCUACAAUUUUCGGUUAGGCAUUUCUAGCGAUGUGGAGGAUACGCAAGCCUUUCGUAGAAACCAAACAUCACGACGCAGCUCUACAGGCGUGCUGUCUUUCACUAAUGACGACUUACAUCCUGAUAUCUUACUGGACCAAGGCAUCGAAGGUUUUGACUAUGAUCCUGUUCAGAAUAAAAUUUUCACUGACGAAGGAGUACGAAGGGCGUCUUAUGGAAGCAUCUUUAGAGGAGCCUCGCUUAGGCAUUCAGUACUAUUCUUCAUAGGCGUGUUUACUGGACUUUCUGCCUGCGUAAUUGAUUACGCUAUUGAAAACAUCUCGAAGUAUAAGUAUAGAUCAGUUUCAUGGCUUAUCAGUCGUUACCCACAUUCUCUGUGGAUCUCUGUUCCAGGAUUUUUGUGGUGUGCAGUCAAUUCUUUCCUCACAGGUAUAGCAGCUACACUAGUCGUCUUUUUAGCUCCAGUUGCUUCUGGAAGCGGAAUCCCGCAAAUUAAAUGUUAUCUUAAUGGUCUUAAUGUUCCUCGUGUAAUGCGAUGCCUCACUAUGAUCGUAAAGGGUGUUGGUGUUAUUUUGGCGGUGUCCGGAGGUUUGGCUGUUGGAAAAGAGGGACCUAUGAUACAUAUUGGCUCGGUGAUUGCUGCAGGAUUAUCACAAGGGCGAUUACGGUUUUUAAAAUAUUCCUUGGGUUGCUUGAAGAUUUUUAGGAAUGACCAAGAAAAACGUGAUUUUGUCAGUGCUGGUGCGGCUGCUGGGGUUGCAGCUGCUUUCGGAGCACCCGUAGGGGGUCUGUUAUUUGCCCUUGAAGAAGGCGCUAGUUUUGUUUAUCAAAGAUUAACAUGGACCAUACUCUUCGCAUCAAUGGUUUCGAUGUUUACUUUGGCUCUGUUCAAAUCACUGACUCGUACCCAUGUGUUCAAAUUUACUCCUGGUGGUCUUGUAAGCUUCGGUACCUUUGAAUCAUUAAAUGAUUACAAUGCCUAUGAAAUUCUUAUGUUUUUACUAAUGGGUCUAAUUGGUGGAUUAUCUGGAGCAUUGUUUGUGAAAGCGAAUUCAGUCCUAACAAGAUAUAGACAAAAGAACAUUACAACAAAAUAUAACAAGAUUAUAGAAGCCAUUCUGGUCAGUUCGUUAACUACCACUUUAUGUUUUUCAAUAAUGUGGGCUGUUCGUGAUUGUAGUCCAUUAGCAUAUACCAGCAGUUCUUUCCCUCUCAAAAUGAUGUGUGCGGACAACGAGUUUAAUUCAAUUUCCUCACUGUUAUUUUCAACACCCGAACGUUCUCUCCGAACUCUGCUUCACGAUCCUCCAAUGACAUACAGUAUUUCAGUGUUAACCAUAUUUGUGCUCGUAUACUAUUUCUUGGCCUGCAUUACAUAUGGUUUGUCUGUUCCUGCUGGUCUAUUCAUACCAUCUUUGUUGAUUGGCGCUGGCUGGGGUCGAAUCAUAGGACAUUUAAUGCAUACUAUUGAUCCAGUUCAUUUCUCCGAUCCCGGUAAAUUCGCACUGAUUGGAGCUGCUGCACAAUUAGGUGGUAUUGUUCGAACGACAUUAAGUUUAACAGUUAUUCUAAUGGAGGCAACAGGAAACGUAAUUGUUGGAUUACCUUUGCUAAUGACUUUGACUGUUGCUAAAUAUAUGGGUGAUUGUUUAAGCGAAGGGAUUUACGAUGAACAUAUUGGAUUGAAUAGUAUGGCUUUACUUCCGUGGACACCGCAUUCACUAUCUAUAACUAAGAGAGCUUAUGACCUGAUGUCUAAUCCAGUCGUGUAUCUAUAUCCUAUUAUGCGUGUUAGUGAAUUAGUUGAACGGGUUACAAAUAAUUUACAUCAUGGAUUUCCAGUUGUAGUGGGUUCCACAAAUUCAUCAAGAUUUUCAUAUGGUACUUUAGUUGGAAUGAUUUCUUCGGAGCAUUUGGCACUACUGCUGCAAAAACGUGCAUUUUUAUCUAAAGAUGGUAAUAUAGUAUAUUCAUUGACCUAUAAAGAUUAUGAUGAUGCUUAUCCAUCCUAUCCAAAGUUAGGUGAUGUUUUAGCUAAUUUAUCAUGUGAUGAUAUGGACGCCUAUUUAGACUUGAGGCCAUACAUGUGUGAAGCGCCAUACAGUGUCCCAGAGACUAUGACAAUGACUCGUGUUUACCAUCUUUUCCGUUUAUUGGGUCUCCGGCAUCUACCGGUUGUUGAUAGUCAAAAUCAAGUAUAUUACUAACGUUCUGCUUUUUUUGCUUUGUGUAUACAUCGAAUUCGUACUUAUAAUUACAGUUUGACAAUGUCAUGAAUAGUGUGUGUAUGAUUUUAUUGGAUAGUUAUUUUUGUGACAAAUGACUGACAAGGUUAUAAAAACGUGUUUUGUCUAUAUUGUCUCUGUUGUGUCCACCGUCCUACUGCUUAUACAUGGAAACGGUAACCACUGUAAUUCCCAAGAAGCAAGGAAGAAUCCGAAAGACCUAUAAAAAUGAGGAUUUAUUGGCUCUCCAGAAUUACCUCGUCAUUAUACCAAAGCACACUGAUUUCUAUAAUAAUUUCUGCACAGUAAUAUAACAUAUGGGGGAAUAUAAAUAGAGUUACUGGAAAAUAUAGUGAAUAUAGUUCACUUGAAUUAAUAUAGGGAAUAUAAAUAUCUCACUGAAUGAAGGUUCACAUGUAUCAUGUUGAAGUUCGUGGAAUCAUUACACGGAAAGAUUUAAGACGUUUCAAAUUCGAAUUUGUUAGUGGUGAAUAUCGUGUAGAAGAGUUGAUAUUUUCACGUAAAAUGUGAUCACUACUUAAAAUCUCUUCGCUUUUCUUUUCUUUUUUUUAAAAAACAAAUAAAUAAACAUAAUUAUUUUCUUUUCGGAUCUAUUGUCAACAUUGUAUAUUUAUGCUCAUCAUCAGUAUUAACUAACCGGUUCUGAUUCUAUAUGAUUGUGAAUAAAAUAUUUAUUGGAUUCACUGACUGACUAAUAAUAAUAAUAAUUGUUAUUAUUAUUAUUAUUAUUAUUAUUA